AUGCUCAACCGUCAGAGCAAUGCACUGCUGAAAUUGCAUCGGAUCUGCUUUUUCGGCUUUUCUGAACAGAACUGUGCUAAAGGUAUAAGAUAUGCCUCGAUAAAUUCAGCAAUCCUAAAAGGAAUAUACACCUCGCGCAAUUAUUAUGGGAACAAGGAGAGCAGAGAGAGGCGCCACAAGCCAAGCUGGACACAGCGCGGUAGCCCAGGGAAAUCUCGAAAAAGGCACGAUGAACAGACUCCCAGAGAUGGCUCCAAUUCUUCUAGCUCCAGGAGUCGCAUGCGGUUUGUGGGACAACCACAUGAAUCUGGGUCCUCCUGGUCAAAUCAUGAAACUCUGGAAGGAAGAAAUAGCUCACGCGGCUUUUCACCAACCAACGACAGGACACGGUGGGAAUGGCGCGAUACCCCACGUAGAAGCCGAAAUCUAGAUAAGGACCUGCCUGCCGGUGAUGGACCCAACUUCUCACACCUAAGGAAUCACCGUGAGCGUUAUGCCCAGAGACUGGCAGAGCCAAGAGUACAAUCUGUAUUUGAGUUAGAAAGGCCUGCGCAUGCACAGGGUCAUAUUUCCAUCACCGCCCCGAAAUCAAUUCCCUACACAACAGCAGCUUCUGAAUUUAUAUAUGGCGCAUCGGCCGUAUUAGCUGCUUUGCGAUGUGGCCGCCGCAAGCUCUACAAGCUUUACAUCUACGAGACUCCCGAUAAUGUCUCACUCCGAUUGGGAAGGAAUCCGACGCGAGAACCUAUGCUUGAUACAAUAAUUAAAUUCGGAUUAGCUGCCGGUGUCUGUGUCAAACAAGUGGCUGGGAAUUGGCCUAAGUUGUUGGAUAAAAUGAGUGGUGGAAGGCCGCAUAAUGGUUGUAUCUUGGAGGCGUCACAACUCCCCAAGCUGCCAGUUGAUAGUCUUCUCCCUGUGUUGUCUCCCUCAGAGACUCACUUUAAUGCCUCAGUUUGUCAUCAAUCAUCAGAGGAGGCGGAAGUCAAUGGUACGAGUGGACGCAUUCCCCGAGCAGCGUAUAGGGAUGAAAACUCUCCUCUGGCAGAGAAUCUGAUUAUGCCUACUCGUUAUCCUUUCGCUCUAUUUUUAGACGGAAUCCGUGAUCCAGGAAAUGUUGGCGCUAUUAUCCGGAGCGCAUACUACUUUGGCGUGGACGCUGUCAUCGUCUCAACGCGAAGCAGCGCCCCGAUAUCAGCUGUUGCCAUCAAGGCAUCCGCAGGCGCUGCAGAAAACAUUCCAAUUCUUACAACCACCAACCCGACCCUCUUUGUGAAAAGCUCCCACACAAACGGUUGGAAAUUUUUUGCGGCUGAAGCCCCCGCCGCUGCCAAUGCGUCCCAACAAACUCUAGGGACACCCACAGAGCAAGUCCUCAGCCGGCGAGAAGUGAGUACUAAGCUUAACGAGGCACCUUGCGUCCUGAUGCUUGGCAGUGAAGAGCAAGGCUUGCCGAGAAGUAUACGGCAACAGGCUGAUGGCGCUGUAGUUAUACCGGGUGCUAUCACGGCCAGCAACGUUGAAGAUCGUGCGGGAGUCGAUAGUUUAAAUGUCAGUGUUGCUUCGGCAUUGCUGUGCGAGGCAUUCCUGGGUGAUCCUUCUUCCAAUACACAGGACUCCACUCCAGCUGAGGAGGGUUUGAUAUCAACUGUCGAUGUGAUCCGCGAGGAGGCGAAGGAUGAUCCUAAUAAGAUGUUUUGA